AUGCUGUAUCAUAAGUUUAAACACCUCUCCAAUGGGAAAUCAGAUUGGCAUUUUCAAACAUAUAUCAAAUGGUUUAUCCAUCGUUCAGACAGGAAACUCAUCAGAACCACUAUUUUUAAGGAUGAUGAUAUUUAUUUAGAUCCUCUAGAAAUACACAAUGAAGAACGGAACAAAACAAAUUACCUGAACAGUUCAGACAUGGAAAAAGGUGUAUUUAACAGGAACAACGUAGGAAUGAAUGUAAUUCUAAUUAACAACAAAUACAUGGACAUAAAAUUUAUUAAUCAGCUAUAUAAAGAAUUAAGAGAAGGAGAAAUAAAUUUUACAAAAAGAUUUACAUUCCUUACAUCGCUACAUAAUGAUGUGUUUAAUUAUGGAUAUAAUUUAUACGAUUUGUUAAAAAUAAUAGAAGUGUAUCAAAAGACUAAAAAUAAGAAAUAUGCACAUGUUGUGAAAAAAAUUAUGCACAAUAUUAAUGACUUAAGUUACUUAAUAUUUUCUUAUAGGAAACCACUAAUAUCAUACUGCAAUGGUAUAAUAAAAGGUUCUGCUGGGUUCUUACCAUUUCUGGCAAAUAAUAGUGCAUCUUAUUUUCAUUCCACUUUUGCAUAUAACAAUUUGAAGUAUUCUUUUUUACCAUAUGGUGGCAUUUCAUACAUACUGUCCAAUUUAAGAGGAUCUAUUGGAUUUUAUUUAGCCUUAACAGGGAAAGAAAUAAAAUCUUCAGAUUUAAUUUGGUGUGGUUUAACAAAAAGAUGGAUUUCAGAAGACUGUCUAGAAUUAAUGGAACUCACAUCUGGAUCUCAGUUAGAGGUAUCUGAACAAGAUGCUAACUUCCUCUUGAGUGAGCAUUUUUUAAAAGUUCCUCAAAUUUAUACAUUAAAAAAUUAUGAAGAAAUAAUUCAUGACCAUUUUAGGUAUCCCACUUUAUUACAAAUUGUUAGUAAGCUAGAUGCAACCAGAAAGCGAACAGAUGGUCAUAAACAUAUUCAGUUGUGGGCUGAGAACACAUAUCAACAAAUCUGUGCACAACCAUCGCUAGCUAUACAUAUAACAUUCGAAAUAAUGAAUAUUUUAAGAAAUUUUAAAAUGGAAUUAUUAAAAAAAGCACAAGUUACAAAAAAUUUAUACAAAGAAAUGAUACAAAAUAGUUAUAAAAUUACAUCAACCACAAGAGAAGAACUAAGCUUAUCUGAACUCAAAUAUGCAAUUGAUUCGGAACUUUUUGUAAAAGCAUUAAACCUUGAAACGAAUGCUCUAGUGAACUUUAUUACAUGUCCAGAUGUCCUUAAUGGAAUAACUUCCUAUCUAGUUAAGGAUACGGAACAAUCAUUCAAAUGUAGCUAUCUAAACAAUACUGUUUUUGAAACAAAGAAAGAUAUUAUACACUAUUUCCUUUUUUAUAAAAAUUCUUAUGAAUACAUCAUAAAUGAUAGACCAGAUAUAAGUUUUUCCAGUUUGGCUGUUUUGGAUAAAUCCAAUCAGCACUACAGCUCCCACGAUCGUCAAUUUUAUGCACAAGAGAGAAAACGAUGGAGUGAUAAUUAUCUGAAGGAAGAAUUGGACGAAAUUAACAGUCUUGCCAUAUGA